CAAAGCACUACCUAUUUCUCUCUAACCAAUUAUCAAAACAAUGGGUAAUGGUUAUUCUCAUAAUUAUGGCUACAACCCUUUUAUGCCCUAUGGUCCUUAUUAUGGUGGUUAUACUCUUCCCGCUCAAUUUUAUGGACCUGAUCCGCAACUUGUUUAUUGCCCAACAUGCAAGCAAAAUACAACAACUGAAGUUAAAUUUGUUUUUGGUGGGUGUACAUGGUUCUACGUCGUCUUUUUUAUUGCUUUUGGGUUUGUUCGUUUAAAAAUUGCUAUAUUAACGUAUUUUUUAAGAUCUUUCAUGGCUUUUGCCGGAGUCCUUGCAUGUAUUAAAAAUGAUGAACGAUGCUUCAUUUUUAUUCCCUUCGCGUUUGUUGUUUAAAAAUUUUUUUAGAUUUUUAUUUUAGAAUUAUUUUAUUCUCCUGCGUGCCUUGUAUUAUCUGCUGUAACAAUUUUAAAAAUGCAGAACAUUACUGUGGUCGUUGUGAUACUUUUAUUGGCAAAUAUGAACGUUUCAGUGGAAGGCCUGUAGUUGUAUUACCACCAGAAUGUCAUAAACAUCAAAUAAUGC